AUGGGGACUUCUUUUCUUCAGGUUAUGGAUAUAGCUCGAAGAACUAAGCGUAUUCGCAAUGGUAGUGGAGAGUUCCCGCUGAGGGACAAGCGGCCCCGACAAUUUGGAGGAUUCAAUGGCGCCCUACCUGGGGGAAAAGGUCUAUUCAUGAUGGGUCAGCCCAGCAGGCCCAUGCAAUCAGCACCACCGCCUGCUCGGGGUGCUCUAGCACGACCCUAUUUCAGUGCGAUUCUAGAGAGUACUUACCGCUCGCUAGCUAUUCAGGGUUCCUCCAGUGGGUAUUCAGGCCACCAGGGUCAGACUUCAGAGACUCCGAUGAUUGAUUCAGUGCCCGUGGUACGGGAGUUCUCUGAUGUGUUUCCUUCUGAUCUACCAGGUAUGCCACCAUAUCGUGACAUCGAGUUUUGUAUUGAUUUGGCUCCAUCUACCCAGCCUAUCUCUAUUCCACCUUACCGCAUGGCUCUGAAAGAGUUGAAGGAACAACUUGAGGAGUUUUUAGCGAAGGAGUUUGUCGGACCGAGUGUGUCACCUCGGGAUGCACCAGUGUUAUUCGUGGAGAAGAGGGAUGUGACUAUGCGGAUGCCAUAUCUUGUUUCUUUUAUCAUUGUCAAUGUUGAUGACAUAUUGAUCUACUCAUGUUGCAUGGAGGAGCAUGAGCAGCAUUUGAGAGUUGUGCUUCAAACCUUACGGGAACAGCAACUAUAUGCUAAGUUCUCCAAGAAUCAAGGCUCGCACCCAUUGGUUCUUAGAGAGACGGUACUAGAGGGUGGUUCCAAGGAGGUUACCAUCGGUGAGGGUGUUGUUUUACGGCUCCAGGGUAGCCUAUAUGUUCCUAAUGUUGAUGGCUUGAGGGAGAAGAUUCUGGAUGAGGUUGACCAAGUCGGCACACUUUAUCCGGUUGUGACUACGUAUUCUUUAGAGAAAUUGGACCAAAUUUACAUUCAGGAGAUUGUUCGGUUGCAUGUUGUACCUAUUUCCAUCAUUUCACAUAGAAGCCUUCAGUUCACUUCGUACUUCUGGAGAGCAGUGCAGAGCGAGCUGAGGUAUCACGCCGAUAGCUCGCACAUGCUAGAUUACAUCAAUGUUCUGCUAGAUGAGAGUUCGGGUUAUGAAGAGGAGCCAGGUUCCAUUAUUAACAGGCAAAGUCAUAGCAAUAAGAAUCAUCGAAUUUCGAUGUCAUACGAGAGAAUUAUGCCCAUUUCCCUGUCGGGAAAGAUUGCUGGUGCUCAGAUUUUUGCCUUGGUUCGCAAUUACGAACAUUUUAUCACAAUUGCGAAGUUUGUGGAUUUUGCCUUGGUUCACAAUUGCGAACCUUGGCCGCAAUUGCGAGGGUUCACGUUUUGCGAACCCUGUACCGCAAGUGCGACAUCUGCACCUAGUAAAAGGGUUGGGAGACGGGAUUUUGGAGGCAUUCUCUAA